UUAUUAUUAAAUGUAAAAAAAUAUCACGCACUUCUGCGUGUACUAAAUGGUCGUCAUAAAUUCCAAGGACAUAAAAGGCCAAGACCGGAGGGUGGCCUCGCCGGACGGUAACAACAAGAGAAGCAGAACGACGAUGACAGAAAGCGGUGGAGUGUCAUCAACGGAGACGGAGCAGGAGCACCCCCGCAACCUUACCGCCAAUUCUACCUCCAGCAACAAAGACAACAAUCCUAAUUCAACCCCCCAUGCUCCGCCGCCGACCGACCGCCCCGUUCGCGUCUACGCCGACGGAAUCUACGAUCUGUUCCAUUUCGGUCAUGCCCGCUCCCUAGAGCAAGCCAAGAAAUCGUUCCCAAACACGUACUUGCUGGUGGGGUGUUGCGAUGAUGAUACCACGCACAAGUUCAAGGGAAAAACUGUCAUGACAGCAGAGGAGCGUUAUGAGUCUCUCCGCCAUUGCAAGUGGGUUGAUGAAGUUAUUCCUGAUGCCCCGUGGGUUAUAAAUCAGGAAUUCCUUGACAAGCACCAAAUUGAUUUUGUGGCUCAUGAUGCUCUUCCGUAUGCCGAUACCAGUGGAGCUGGAAAAGAUGUCUAUGAAUUUGUGAAAGCCGUUGGGAGAUUCAAAGAAACAAAGCGUACUGAUGGAAUUUCAACUUCAGAUAUUAUAAUGAGGAUAGUUAAAGACUACAACCAAUAUGUCAUGCGCAAUUUGGAUCGUGGAUAUUCAAGGAAGGAACUUGGUGUUAGCUAUGUAAAGGAAAAACGCUUGAGAGUGAAUAUGAGACUUAAAAAGUUGCAGGAGAAGGUUAAGGAGCAGCAAGAGAAAGUGGGAGAAAAGAUUCAACAGAUUCAAACUGUUGCAAAAACUGCUGGUAUGCAUCGCAAUGAGUGGGUUGAAAAUGCAGAUCGGUGGGUUGCAGGCUUUCUUGAGAUGUUUGAGGAGGGUUGCCAUAAAAUGGGAACUGCCAUAAGGGAUCAUAUUCAGGAGAGAUUAAGAAGGCAGCAGCAAAGUGGUUUGUUGCCAUAUGGGAGUAAAGAGUAUGACACGGAUAAUGAAGAGGAUGAGUACUAUUAUGAUGAUGAGGAAGAGGAUGAUGAUGAAGAAUAUUAUGAUGAUGAAGAGUGCCAUGAGAUUACAGACAAAGAAACAAUCUUACGUGCCUGAGUCUUUCUUGCACAUGGCUGUAUGCCUGUAUCUGCUGGCCAGAGAUUUAUUUACAUGCUAUUGCUAGUAGAGAGUUCCUAAGUUACUGUAUAUGAUUUCGUCUUGUGUUCAAUCAUGUAGUGCUUUUCAAGGAUGUGUAUAUAUACAUGUGUGUGUGGCUGUUACAGUUUGCAUAGCUUGUUUAAUUUUUAUAGUUAGUGAGAGUGAGGACUGGCCUCCCAUUGCUUUGCUCUGAGUAGGGGUGGUCAAACAGUUCGUUUUGAUCUAAAAUCAAAUGUCGAAACAAAGUAAAAGUUCAGUGCGUUUCAGUUUGGUUUUAUAUUUUAAUUUUAACUAUUGAAAUCAUGGUUCCGUUGAUUCAGUUUAUUUCG